ACCGAACAGAAGGGGUUGAAGAGGGAAAUAGAAAACAAGAAGAGACGUUUCAGCUCUACGGCAGCUCCGUCCAAAUUGAAACAGCCCAACGCUCGUGACCAUGACAGAAGAAAACAUCUUCCUUUUCGUCCCAAAUUUGAUUGGAUAUGCCCGUAUUGUACUGGCUCUGGUAUCCUUCUACUUGAUGCCCUGCUGCCCGGGCCCAGCAGUGUUCUGUUACCUACUGAGUGCCCUUUUGGAUGCCUUUGAUGGACAUGCUGCUCGUGCUCUUAAUCAAGGUACAAAGUUUGGCGCCAUGCUGGACAUGUUGACAGACCGUUGUGCUACCAUGUGUUUACUGGUGAAUCUCGCACUGCUGUACCCAUCCUACACUUUCCUGUUCCAGCUCAGCAUGUGUCUAGACGUGGCCAGCCACUGGCUGCACCUGCACAAUUCCAUGAUGAGAGGAGCCACCAGUCACAAGACCAUUGACCUCUCUGGCAAUCCCAUUUUACGGCUGUACUACACAUCCAGGCCAGUGCUGUUUUUUAUGUGUAUGGGGAACGAGCUGUUCUACUGUCUACUGUAUGUAAUGUAUUACAUCGAGGAACCACAAGUGUGGCUGCAGUGGCUGCUUGGAAUUUGUGGUUUGGUGUGUCUGCUGAAGUCUGGCAUUAGUCUCCUCCACCUCAUUACUGCCUCCUGCAACAUGGCUGCCAUCGAUGUGGCCGACCGUAAGAGCGAGAGGAGCAAAGUACAAUGAGAUAGACAAGAGUGCUGAAAGUAGGAAGAAGGGAGAAAGGAAGACCAAAAAGAGAGUGAAGGAGAUAAGAAGAGAGAAAAGUGUUGACAACUGUGGGUGUGAAAAUAAAUAAUGUUUAAGGCCAGUGCAGAGGAGCUAAAGGAAAACUAUCAUGGGACCUCGCAAAGCUCACUGAGCAUUUGUAUUUAUUUGAAAAUAUAGAUAAUCAAUGCUACCUGGGCAAAUUCCUUACAGGUUUUACCCAUAUUCCUAUAGUUGUGCUAUUCAUUGCUGUUGAUGAAACUAGCUGCACUACUGUACAUUGUUUUUGUGUCAUCAUAUUGAUUUUUAUUUUGUUGGGAUUUUUUUCUGUUUGUGAUAAUGGAGUAAUCAUGCAUCAUUUUAAGGGUAUUUAGAAUAGCUCUUGUUUUACACCAACAGUACACACACGCGGCUGACUUUCAUGAAACCUGCCAAGAACAUAUCUUGGUCUUAUUUUUAUUCUCCAAAAUGAAAAGAAACAAAUAGGGGAUUAUAUUUUUCAUAUGGAAAAUGAAGCCUAUUUUAAGGGCCAGUUACGUACAUUUUACCCCCCAAUUCACAUUAAUGUGAUGCAAAAAAAAAAAUAUAUGGUCAUUAGGAUCUUUUAAUUGCUGCAGGUGAAAAAAGGAUAUAGUAUUUAUUUUGUAACGUAUUUAUAUCAAGGUAGGACUUUUUGGUCUUUGCUUUCAUUUUUGCUUAUUUUAAUAAAAUUAAAAAAAAAUUUGUACUACAAUACAGUUGUUGCAUUGAUGAGAAUCAUCAUUGGAAAUACUGGGAAUAGUACAAGUUAAAUAUCUGGAUGCUGUCUGGACAAGAGAAUUGGUGGGUAAAAUGUGCUUAAAGGAAUAGUUCACCCAAAAAUGGAAAUUCUCUCAUCAUUUGUUUUUUUCCUCGUGACAUCUCAGAUGUGUAGGACUUUAUUUUUUUUUCUGCUGAACACAAAUGAAGAUUUUUAGAAGAAUAUAUCAGCGCUGUAGGUCCACACAAGUGAAUUGGUACCAAAACUUUGAAGCUCAAAAAAGCACACAAGGGCAGCAAAAAAAAAAAAAAAAACAGUGGUUAAAUCCAUUUCUUCAGAAGUGAUAUGACCGCUGUGGGGGAGAUCAAUAUUUAAGUCCUCCCUGCCCAGUAAGUGGUGAUAUGCCCAAAGAAUGUGAUUUGCCAAAAAACACGUGAAAGUGGAGAUUGAUAGUAAAAAGUUAUCUGUUUUUCACCCACUCAUAUCGCUUCUGAAGACAUGGAUUUAACCACUGGAGUCGUAUGGAUCACUUUUAUGCUACUUUUAUGUGAUUUUUGGAGCUUCAUAUUUUGGCCAAUAUUCACUUGCCUUGAAAGGACAUACAGACCUUAAAUAUUCUUCCAAAAAUCUUUUUUUAUGUUCAGCAGAAGAAAGUAAGACAUACACAUCUGAGAUGGCAUGAGGGUGAGUUCAUGUUGAGAGAAUUUUAAUUUUUGGGUGAACUAUCCCUUUAAGUGUCCUUAAAAUAGUGUCACAAUGCGGGAAUACAUCAUAAUAGUCCUAAAUGUAGGCUUCGUUGUUUUAUCAUUAGAUGUAGUAUUUUAUUGAACUGUCUUUAAAUGAGCCUGUCUAGCACUAUUUGGUUAGAAUAUAGUUUUGUUGCAGGUGUAUCGAAGAACAUUUAUAUAUUUAAAUAUUAGUUUGAGGAGUGUGAAGCCAUUAUUAUAUUAUACGCGUUUCGUCCAUAGCCUGAAUGUAUUUUUGGGUUGUUUAAAAUUUUUGAGCUGUUAUAAUUGAUGUGAAAUUUAUGAGAGAAUUAAUUUUGUAUUAUAUCAGGUGAUUUAACAAUAAAGAUACCCUGAA